AUGACGGCAACAUGCAUCGGUAGAAGAGAGGCUGUAAACUCCCUCACUCACUCAUGCUGCACUCCGUCGAAUUUUGUGCGACGGUAUUCUUCCGAGUCGUCGAGUUGUGGUGUUCAGCUCGGAGGGGGUGACGAGAGUGGUGACGAGAGUGGUGACGAGAGUGGUGACGAGAGUGGUGACGAGAGUGGUGACGAGAGUGGUGACGAGAGUGGUGACGAGAGUGGUGACGAGAGUGGUGACGAGAGUGGUGACGAGAGUGGUGACGAAGAGCAGUAA